AUGUGCAAUGGAGUGGGACCAAUUCCCUUCUUUUCACACCCUCAGGUCAGCACUCCCACACCUCUACCAUCAGGACCAGCUCCACUCUGUUGCCCAGGUGAGGUGCAGGGGCCACUCUCUGGAGUGCUGCAGCUGCUGAGGGGCGAAGAGCUCGCUCAUUCUUAUGACCUGAGGGCCAGCUCUUCCACCUGUCACAGGAGGUGGGGCAUCUCUCCUCCACCCACACCACCAUAUGAAGGGCAGGACCAGGUCUCCCAUGCUCACAUUCUCGAGGCCAGUUCACCCGCACCUUUGUUAAUCCGGUCAGCUUGGCUGUGUUGCCCAGGUACCACAAGCUCAUCUGAGUAUACUACAUCUGGACCACCCAGUACUCCAGAAAAAGGAUCCCAUAUUCCAGAAGCAACUCCCACAUACUCAGAAGCCAACGAAGAUGCCGGUGAAACGGUUACGUGGGGUAAUGGCGCAUACAAGGCUCUCAAUGGCCGCCUCUUUUCCUUUGAGUCUUCCUGCGCGUACACGUUUUGCCGUGACUGUGCUGAACCCGGAGGAGACUUCAAUAUUGAGAUCAAAAGAAAUAUGAAAAGUGAUAUUGAAGAAAUAAAAGCUGUGAUUGAUGAUGUUGGCAUCUCUGUUUUGAAUAAUACUAUUUUUGUUAAUGACGAAAGGGUACAGGUACCAUACAGCAAUAAGAUGAUUCACAUUAAAAAACAAGGCAAUCACUAUGUUCUGGACAGCCGCAGAAAAACCCUGUCUUUAAGGUGGAGCAAGAACAAACUCUCACUCACUCUUUAUAACCAUUAUACAACCUGUGGUCUUUGUGGCAACUUCAACAGCACUCCAGGUCAAGAUAUUAAUGAGCACAUUGCCAAUAGUAAAAUUUCCAAUGACUGUCCCAGCGCUUUGAGUAAGAACAAUGAAGUUUGCGAGGAUGGAGUACAGUAUUGUGACAAAAUUAUUGGGACUUACUUUGAGAAAUGUGGGAAAGUUUCCCCUUCAUCCAGCGAGUACAAAAAGGUGUGUGUUGAUGAGUAUUGUCGAACCAGAGGAGGAGGAAAGGGCACUACAUGUGACACCUUUUCAGAACUAGCCCGACUAUGUGCCUUUGAUGGUCCUGGUGUCUUUGAACACUGGCGAGAUGAUUCUGCUGUGGUUUGUGAAAAGCAACAAUGUCCAGGAAAGCACAUUUACAAAGAAUGCGGACCUUCAAAUCCUCCAACUUGCUCUAAUGUGGCUCCUUUUCAAGACAGUGAAUGCGUGAGUGGCUGCAUUUGCCCAGAAGGUUAUCUAUUGGACGAUAUUGGUGAGAAAGGAAAGUGUGUAUUAAAGGAAAAAUGCCCCUGUGAAUCUAAUGGAAAAGUGUACAAACCAGGAGAAGUCCGAGAAGGCCCCUGUGGUUCUCAAUGCACAUGCCAAGAAGCAAAGUGGUCUUGUACCGAAGCUUUAUGUACUGGGAUAUGUAAAGUGGAAGGGAGCUUAUUUACCACUUUCGAUAACAAUGUAUUUAGCCAUCCUGGAGACUGUCACUUCUUGGCCGUUCAUAAUGAAAAUAUUUCCAUUAGUGUUGAACUUCAUCCAUGUGAUAAUGGUCAGACUGGAUCAUGCUUGAAGAGUGUUACGCUUCUUCAAAACUCCUCUCUUUCAGGUAGCAGAUUUGUGUUCAAUAGUGAUGGGACAGUCACAAAGGAUGGAGUUAGAAUGAAAGGUUAUUACUAUUCAGACGAUGUACAGAUCUUCAAUGCAUCUUCUUUAUACAUGCAAGCAGAAGUACUCUCUCUCCUAAAAAUGCAAAUACAAAUCUCUCCUGUGAUGCAGUUGUAUGUGUCCAUGUCUCCUGAUGCAUUCACAGACACUGUUGGUCUUUGUGGUUCCUACAACAAUAAGGCAGAAGAUGAUUUCAUGUCAAGUCAGAAAAUUCUGGAGAGUACAGCUCAGGCAUUUGCGAAUUCCUGGGAGAUGAUGUCUUGCCCUAAGGGGAGCCCCUCGUCCUGUGUCAGCAUUGAAACAGAGGAGUUUGCUGAAAGUAACUGUGGGGUUCUUCUCAAUUCAAGCGGACCUUUUGCUGCCUGUCACCAGACUGUGAACCCCAAAUUCUACUACGAGGAAUGCAAAAAAUACACGUGCUCGUGUGAAAACAGCCAAGACUGCCUGUGUACAGUUUUAGGGAACUACGUGAAGGCAUGUGCUGAGAAGAAAACAUAUCUAGUGGGCUGGAGAGCUGGACUGUGUGAGGUUUCUUGUCCAAGUGGCCUUGUGUUUGACUACAAAGUGAAAACCUGCAAAAAUUCUUGCCGAUCACUCUCACAACGAGACAGAAGCUGUGAUAUAGAAGACAUUCCAGUUGAUGGAUGUACUUGCCCUCAAGGAAUGUACCAGAACAGUGAAGGAAACUGUGUUCAGAAAUCUGAGUGUGACUGCUAUGUUAAUGAUGAUAUUGUGCAACCUGGCAAAUCCAUCCUUAUUGAUGACAAUAGAUGUGUCUGCCAGGAUGGAGUACUUCUUUGCCAAACUCCCCUUGAUUUGACCAUACAAAACUGUUCCAGAGGUGCUGAGUAUGUAGACUGUAAAGAUCCUAAGGCACAGAGAAGGACUGAAAGGACAUGUAGCACCCGGAACAUACCUGAUUUUGAGGGAGACUUGCCUUGCAAACGUGGGUGCUACUGUCCAGUAGGAAUGGUCCGUAACUCUAAAGGGAUAUGUAUACUUCCUGAUGACUGCCCCUGCUCUUUUGGUGACAGAGAAUAUGAACAAGGAAGUGUUACUUCUGUUGGCUGCAAUGAGUGUACUUGCAUAAAAGGGUCUUGGAACUGUACCCAAAAUGAAUGUCAAACAACUUGCCACAUCUAUGGGGAAGGACACGUCAGAACCUUUGAUGGAGAAAGUUACAGCUUUGAUGGACUCUGCCAGUAUACAUUCCUUGAGGAUUACUGUGGCCAAGAAAAUGGCACAUUCCGUGUUUUAACUGAGAGUGUUCCAUGCUGUGAAAAUGGGCUCACCUGCUCCAGAAAAGUUGUUGUGGCUUUCCAGGAUCAAAACAUCAUCUUACAAGAUGGUAAAGUAACAGCAGUUCAAACUACCGAAAACAUGGAUUGUGAGCACAAUGGGACCCCGUACUCCAUCCACACUGUUGGCCUCUACCUGAUUGUGAAACUUGCGAAUGGAAUCGUCCUGAUUUGGGAUAAAUACACAAAAGUAUCUGUUAUUCUGGACCCAAAGUGGCAGAGCAAAGUGUGCGGUCUUUGUGGAAACAACAAUGGGGAUCUUAAGGAUGACUUCACAACAAGACACUCUUUGGUAGCUGCCACAGCCCUGGAAUUUGGAAACAGUUGGAAAACAAGUCAAGAAUGUUCAGAUACAGUCACUCAAAGCUUCCCGUGUGACUCGAACCCGUACUGCAAAGCCUGGGCUGAGAAGAAGUGUGAAAUCAUCAGGGAUGACACCUUCAGGGAUUGCCACAGCAAGGUGGACCCCACAGCAUACUACAAUGCAUGUAUCGAAGAAGCCUGUGCCUGUGACAUGGAGGGGAAGUACCUUGGCUUCUGUACUGCUGUGGCAAUGUAUGCAGAGGCAUGCAAUGCAGCUGGAGUCUGUGUCUCAUGGAGAAAGCCAAACCUUUGCCCUGUGUACUGUGACUACUACAAUGCCCCUGGGGAAUGCAGCUGGCACUAUGAACCCUGUGGUACAGUGACCGCCAAAACGUGCAAAGAUCAGGUCAUUGGCCAGAAGUUCUCUUCACUUUUAGAAGGCUGUUAUGCCAAGUGUCCAGAAAACGCACCCUAUCUGGACGAGAACACAAUGAAAUGUGUCCAGUUAUCUGAGUGCAGCUGCUUCUACAAUGAUGUCAUACCAGCAGGGGGAGCUGUUGUAGAUGACUGUGGAAGAACAUGCUAUUGUACCGCUGGCGAGUUGGAGUGCAGUGAGACCCUGCCCACAAAUUCAACACCAACAGCGGCCAUAGAUCAGGUUCUGCUGGCGAUGUGGGCACUGAAUGGUGAUGUGAGCACCUUGGACUGGGGACAGACUGUUCAGCAGAGCACGACACCAAAUAAGUGCUCUACUGGAACCUCAGCUCCUGCUGUCUCCACGGCUGGAAGCACAGGCACAACAGCAGCCCCAAGCUCAAGCGUCACCAGUUCUGUGCUCACAACAGGGUCAACCAGAAGUUCUCAAGAACUAACUACAGAAGCUAAAAGUGAAAGUACAGUUGACACAGUCUUCUCAACGGUAUCUCGUGUAGGACGAAAUGUAGGAAAUAGUGACAGGAGUGAGGGUGGAACCUUCCUGAAGUGUUUCCUGCAUUGCUACCUGAAUGCGGGAAGCACUGUCCUUCCCUCAGGAACAAGUGGCAGAGCAGAUACAGCCACUCCCAGAGCUGCUGAGACCACAGGAGUGUCUUCAGGCUUUACCAGUACUAGUCCCAGAGCCUCCACCACACCAUCCACAGCCUCUGCUGGUAGCAAAUCAGGCACGUCCGAGGGAUCAUCUGCAACAACCACUGGUCUGGCAGGUGGCAGCAGUCCUGCAGCUGCAAGUACAGCAGCCCCAGGUUCUGAGAAAACAACAGUGUCUUCAGGCCACACUAGCAUACCUGGAGUCUCCUCAAGCCUGGCCUCAAGCUCUGCCAACAGCAAAUCAGGCACACCUGGGGCAUCUUCUGCAUCUACCUCUGGAGGAGCAGGGAGCAGCACUGCUCUACCUGCAAGAACUGGAGCCCCAGCAUCAGGGAGCACAGUGACAUCCUCAGGGCACACAACCAUCACUCAAGCCUCCAGUCUAUCCCCAGCCUCUGCCAGCAGCAAACCAGGAACAACUGGAUCAUCAGCAGGAACCACUAGAUCCUCAAGCAGUGAGAUGACCUCAGCUGAAGUCAGUGCAGGCACAACAGGAGCCAUCAAGGAGAUCACACCUGGAGUCUCAGACACAGGAACUACCACAGGAAGCCACACAGGAACAAGUGGAGGUCCCCAUGCAGCCAGCACUGGAGCUCCUAGUGAAAACACAUCUUCAGUAACAGGGAGCACAGUGACAUCCUCAGGGCACACAACCAUCACUCAAGCCUCCAGUCCAUCCCCAGCCUCUUCCAGCAGCAAACCAGGUACAACAGGACAGUCUGUGGAAGUUACCACAGGAGCAGACAGGGAGGCCCCACCUGUCACCCAAGGCACAGAAGUCACCACUGGAAGCCCAACAGGUACACCUGGGGCAAGUUCUGCAUCCACCUCUGGAGGAGCAGGGAGCAGCACUGCUCUACCUGCAAGUACUGGAGCCAGAGCAUCAGAGAACACAGUGACAUCAACAGGACACACUACUGUUCCUCAGACCUCCAGUCAAUCCACAGCUUCUGUCAGUAGCCAAGCAGCAACGACUGGAUCAUCAGCAGGAACAACUAUAUCUGCAAGCAGUGAGCAGACCCCAUCUGAAGUCAGUGCAGGCACAACUGGGUCAAGUUCUGCAUCCACCUCUGGAGGAGCAGGGAGCAGCACUGCUCUACCUGCAAGAACUGGAGCCCCAGAAUCAGCAAUGACUGGAUCAUCAGCAGGAACAACUAGAUCCCCAAGCAGUGAGCAGACCCCAUCUGAAGUCAGUGCAGGCACACCUGGGAGACCUUCUGCAUCCACCUCUGAAGGAGCAGGGAGCAGCACUGCUCUACCUGCAAGAACUGGAGCCCCAGCAUCAGAGAGCACAGUGACAUCCUCAGGACACACUACUGUCCCUCAGGCCUCCAGUCAAACCACAGCUUCUGCCAGCAGCGAAGCAGCAACAACUGGAUCAUCAGCAGGAACAACUAGAUCCCCAAGCAGAGAGCAGACCACAUCUGAAGUCAGUGCAGGGCCUACCACACCAUCAGCUGGGGAAACAUCUGGAACCCCAAGCAGUGAAUCGACCCAGCCUUCAGACAAGUCAAAGAGCACAGUGACAUCAACAGGACACACUACUGUCUCUCAGACCUCCAGUCAAUCGACAGCUUCUGCCAGCAGCCAAGCAGCAACGGCUGGAUCAUCAGCAGGAACAACUAGACCCCCAGGCAAUGAGCAGACCUCAUCUGAAGUCAUUGAAGGGAGCACAGUGUCAUCCUCAGGACACACAACAAUCAUUCAAGCCUCUAGUCUAUCCCCAACCUCUGCAGCAGCAAACCAGGCACACCUGGGACAAGUUCUACAUCCACCUCUGAAGAAGCAGGGAGCAGCACUGCUCUACCUGCAAGAACUGGAGCCCCAGCAUCAGAAACCACUGGAUCAUCAGCCGGAACAACUAGAUCUCCAAGUAGUGAGCAGACCCCAUCUGAAGUCAGUAAAGGGCCUACUGCACCAUCAGCUGGGGAAACGUCUGGAGCCCCAAGCAGUGAAUCAACCCAGUCUUCAGACAACUCAAGCACACCUGGGGCAACCUCUGCAUCCACCUCUGGAAGAGCAGAGAGCAGUACUGCUCUACCUGCUAGUACUGGAGCCCCAGCAUCAGAGCACAGUGACAUCAACAGGACACACUACUGUCUCUCAGACCUCCAGUCAAUCGACAGCUUCUGCCAGCAGCCAAGCAGCAACGACUGGAUCAUCAGCAGGAACAACUAGAUCCCCAAGCAGUGAGCAGACCACUUCUGAAGCACACCUGAGGCAAGUUCUGCAUCCACCUCUGGAGGAGCAGGGAGCAGCACUGCUCUACCUGCAAGAACUGGAGCCCCAGCAUCAGGAGGUGGUGUGGAAAAUUGACCUGUUUGUGUUUGUGAAAUUCACGACACUGGAUAUGGUAGAAGAAUGUGACUUUCGCACUUUAUCUUGCAAGUCCAUUCUUAUAAAUAACGAUGUCUGUAAUGAUAUGAGACCCCUAAAUUCCUGUUUCCCUGUCCUAGAGAGCACAGUGACAUCAACAGGACACACUGCUCUCCCUCAGACCUCCAGUCAAUCAAAAGCUUCUGCCAGCAGCAAAGCAGAAACCACUGGAUCAUCAGCCGGAACAACUAGAUCUCCAAGUAGUGAGCAGACCCCAUCUGAAGUCAGUAAAGGGCCUACUGCACCAUCAGCUGGGGAAACGUCUAGAGCCCCAAGCAGUGAAUCCACCCAGUCUUCAGACAAGUCAAAGAGCACAGUGACAUCAACAGGACACACUACUGUCUCUCAGACCUCCAGUCAAUCGACAGCUUCUGCCAGCAGCCAAGCAGCAACAACUGGAUUAUCUGCAGGAACAACUACAUCCCCAAGCAGUGAGCAGACCACUUCUGAAGUCAGUGCAGGCACACCUGGGGCACCUUCUGCAUCCACCUCUGGAGGAGCAGGGAGCAGCACCCCUCUACCUGCACGAACUGGAGCCCCAGCAUCAGAGAGCACAGUGACAUCUUCAGGACACACUACAUUCCCUCAGGCCUCCAGUCAAUCCACAGCUUCUGCCAGCAGCAAAGCAGUAACCACUGGAUCAUCAGCAGGAACAACUAGAUCUCCAAGUAGUGAGCAGACCCUAUCUGAAGUCAGUAAAGGCACAACAGGACAGUCUGUGGGAGUUACCACAGGAGCAGACAGGGAGGCCCCACCUGUCACCCAAGGCACAGAAGUCACCACUGGAAGCCCAGCAGGGACACGUGGGACAACUUCUGCAUCCACCUCUGGUGUACUAGAUAGCAGUACCCCUUUAUCUGCAAGUACUGGAGCCCCAGUUUCAGGCACUCCUGCUGCUUCAUCUGGAACCACCUCAGGAGGGGCAGGGAACAGCACCCCUCCACCUACAAGUACUGGAGCCCCAGGUUCAGGCACUCCUUUGGCAUCUUCUGGAACUACCCCUGAAGGAGCAGGGAGCAGCACCCCUCUACCUGCAAGUACUGGAGCCCCAGGUUCAGAGAACACAGUGACAUCCUCAGGACACACUACUGUCCCCCAGGCCUCCAGUAAAUCUACAGCCUCUGCCAGCAGCAAACCAAGAACAAGUAGAGGAACACAAGAAGCCAGCACUGGAGCUACUGGUGAAAACACAUCUGGAAUUGCAGGCACGUCCGAGGGAUCAUCUGCAACAACCACUGGUCUGGCAGGUGGCAGCAGUCCUGCAGCUGCAAGUACAGCAGCCCCAGGUUCUGGGAGCACAGUUGUGUCUUCUGGCCACACUACCACCCCAGGAGUCUCCUCCAACCUGCCCUCAACCUCUGCCAACAGCAAAUCAGGAACGACUGGACCAUCAGCUGGAACGACUAGAUCCCCAAGCAGUGAGCUGACCUCAACUGAAGGCAAAGCAGUCUAUGAAAACUUCACCUCCCUGUUUGGUAGUGUAGAUACAAUGCCUAUACUGAGCCUCAGCGUCUCCAAUCCUGUACUCACAGCAGGAGAAAUAGCAAGUUCUACCACACCAGUGUCUGGAAGUGGAGAAGGCAGCACACCCAGGGAACAGGGCUCUGAAGGGACAAGCCUAGGAACCUCAGGCACAAAUGGAGGAACAAGCACAGCUACUACCAGAGCCACAGCAGGAAGCACAUCUGUAAGGACAGGUGAAGGAGGGCCCACUAUGUCAACACCUACAAAAGAAACAGCCGGCACACCCAGGGAAGAAGGCACUGCAGCUACCACCCUAGGAAUCUCAGGAACAAGAGGAGGAACAGAUGUAGCCACCACUGCAGUUGCUGAGGAAAGCACGCCUCAAGGAACAGGUUCAACAGAGGGAUCUGUGGGAACCACCAGAGCAGCAGGCGAAGGUAGCUCACCUGGAAGCCCGGGCACUGGAUCCUCCAGCACUGUGACACCACCAGCAUCAAGAGGAGGAUCAGAAGAAGCCACCACUGUAGCUCCUGGAAAGAGCACAUCUGGAGGAACAGCUUCUUCAAGGACCACCACUGCUGGUUCAGUGGCCCCAGCCAAACCAUCCACCUCUGCGAGCACGGAACCAGGGACCACUGCACCAUCAGCUGGUGAAACAACUAGAACCUUAGGCAGUGAAUCAACCAAGCCUGGAGAAGAACCAGCAACAACUCUAGUUUCUACAGGUGUAACCACGACAACAGACAAAAAUAAAGGAAAUACCAAUGACCUACCAUUCAGAGACGGUGAAGGAGGGCCCACUAUGUCCAUGCCUACAAAAGGAGCAGCAGCCAGCACGCCCAGGGAAGAAGGCACUGCAGCUACCACCCUAGGAAUCUCAGAAAUCCAAAAGUUUGACAACAAUGCUGUUGACAGGUCAUGGAAGAAACAGGUGGUGUUUCGUGUCUGGCAGGUGGGUGCUCACCAUGAGACAUCCCACGGAGGCCUGCCAGACAAAGGGAACAGAACUACAAUCAUUUACCCUUUGGCCCAGAAGCCCUGCGUUCUUAUUCUAGGAUGCAGUGGAGCUACCAAGGGACAAGACAACACAGGCGGAGUUUCCGUAACUGAGGCCACCAGCUCUGAACACCCAACAGGAGCAGUCAGCUUGACAGUAAGUUCAGGACAAUCCGUAAGAGUGACUGAAAGGGCCACAGUGAAAUCUACCAUAGUUUCAGAUCCAACCAGAAUGUCCUCUGGCACAACAAUGACAAGUGGACCUUCAUCACCUCAAGGAGAACAAACAAGUACAGAAACUGUUAUUGGAACAGGAACAACUGGUAUGUCAACUACAACUACAGAGAGAUCAGCACAAUUGCUUUCACAAUCAGCAACAUCUGGAUCAUCAUCUGAAGCACCAGAAACAACAAACAUAUCAGUCACUGGCACAGAGUCGACUGCCCCAUCAACUGGAACAACCUUGACAAAGUCAACAUCAGUUGGAGAAACAACAACUACGUUACCACCUAGAGAGGCAGUGACAUCUGGACAAACAGCUGGGCCAACACCAGCAACUAGUCUAUCAGUCUCAGUGUCUCAAAGAAUGAUGACAAGUAAUAAAUUGGCUGUGACAUCUGGCCACACAACCAGUGUGACUUUAACUUCUAGGCAAUCACCUGAAGUGAAUGGAACAUCCACAACAUCAGCUGGGAGCACAGUGCUAUCUACUGUAGCUUCAAAUACAACCAAAAUAUCCUCUCACCCUACAACAACAACUGGACCUUCAUCAGCACAAGGACAACAAACAAGUACAGAAAGUGUUACUGGGACCAGAACAACUGGUGUGUCUUCUGUAGUUACAGAAAGAUCUACACAAUCUCUUGCACAAUCAGCAACAACUGGACCAGCAUCACAGGCACCAGAAACAACUAAGGUAUCAGUCACUGGCACAGAGUCGACUGCCCCAUCAACUGGAACAACCUUGACAAAGGCAGCAUCAGUUGGAGAAACAACAACUGCAUUACCACCUAGAGAGGCAGUGACAUCUGGACAAACAGCUGGGCCCACACCAGCAACUAGUCCAUCAGUCUCAGUGUCUCAAAGUAUGAUGACAAGUAAUAAAUUGGCUGUGACAUCUGGCCAAACAACCGGUGUGACUGUAACUUCUAGGCAAUCACCUGAAGUGAAUGGAACAUCCACAACAUCUGCUGAGAGCACAGUGCUAUCUACUGUAGCUUCAAAUACAACCAAAAUAUCCUCUCACCCUACAACAACAACUGGACCUUCAUCAGCAAAAGGACAACUAACAAGUACAGAAAGUGUUACUGGGACCAGAACAACUGGUGUGUCUUCUGUAGUUACAGAGAGAUCUACACAAUCUCUUUCACAAUCAGCAACAGCUGGACCAUCAUCCCAAGGACCAGAAACAACUAAGGUAUCAGUCACUGGCACAGAGUCAACUGCCCCAUCAACUGGAACAACCUUAACAAAGGCAGCAUCAGUUGGAGAAACAACAACUACGUUACCACCUAGAGAGGCAGUGACAUCUGGACAAACAGCUGGGCCAACACCAGCAACUAGUCCAUCAGUCUCAGUGUCAGUCAGUACUGUGGCAAAGAGUCCUAUGACUGUGACAUCUGGCCACACAACUAGUGUGACUGUAACUUCUAGGCAAUCACCUGCAGUGAAUGGAACAUCCACAACAUCAGCUGUGAGCACAGUGUUAUCUACUAUAGCUUCAAAUACAACCAAAAUACCCUCACAUCCUACAACAACAACUGGACCUUCAUCAGCAAAAGGACAACAAACAAGUACAGAAAGUGUUACUGGGACCAGAACAACUGGUGUGUCUUCUGUAGUUACAGAAAGAUCUACACAAUCUCUUGCACAAUCAGCAACAACUGGACCAUCAUCCCAAGGACCAGAAACAACUAAGGUAUCAGUCACUGGCACAGAGUCACCUGCCCCAUCAACUGGAACAACCUUAACAAAGGCAGCAUCAGUUGGAGAAACAACAACUGCAUUACCACCUAGAGAGGCAGUGACAUCUGGACAAACAGCUGGGCCAACACCAGCAACUAGUCCAUCAGUCUCAGAGUCUAAAAGUAUGAUAACAAGUGAUAAAUUGGCUGUGACAUCGGGCCACACAACCAGUGUGACUGUAACUUCUAGUCAAUCACCUGAAGUGAGUGAGACAUCCACAACAUCAGCUGGGAGCACAGUGCAAUCUACUGUGGCUUCAAAUACAACCAAAAUAUCCUCUCACCCUACAACAACUGGACCUUCAUCAGGACAAGGACAACAAACAAGUACAGAAACUGUUACUGGACCCAGGACAACUGGUGUAUCCACUGUAGUUACAGAGAGAUCUACACGACCUCUUGCACAAUCAGCAACAUCUGGAUCAUCAUCUGAGGCACCAGAAACAACUAAGGUAUCAGUCACUGGCACAGAGUCAUCUGCCCCAUCAACUGGAACUACCUUGACAAAGUCAAUAUUGGUUGGAGAAACAACAACUGCAUUACCACCUAGAGAGGCAGUGACAUCUGGACAAACAGCUGGGCCCACACCAGCAAUUAGUCCAUCAGUCUCAGUGUCUCAAAGUAUGAUGACAAGUGAUAAAUCGGCUGUGACAUCUGGCCAAACAACCAGUGUGACUGUAACUUCUAGGCAAUCACCUGAAGUGAAUGGAACAUCCACAACAUCUGCUGAGAGCACAGUGCUAUCUACUGUAGCUUCAAAUACAACCAAAAUAUCCUCUCACCCUACAACAACAACAACUGGACCUUCAUCAGCAAAAGGACAACAAACAAGUACAGAAAGUGUUACUGGGACCAGAACAACUGGUAUGUCUUCUGUAGUUACAGAAAGAUCUACACAAUCUCUUUCACAAUCAGCAACAGCUGGACCAUCAUCCCAAGGACCAGAAACAACUAAGGUAUCAGUCACUGGCACAGAGUCACCUGCCCCAUCAACUGGAACAACCUUAACAAAGGCAGCAUCAGUUGGAGAAACAACAACUACGUUACCACCUAGAGAGGCAGUGACAUCUGGACAAACAGCUGGGCCAACACCAGCAACUAGUCCAUCAGUUUCGGUGUCAGUCAGUACUGCGGCAAAGAGUCCUGUGACUGUGACAUCUGGCCACACAACUAGUGUGACUGUAACUUCUAGGGAAUCACCUGAAGUGAGUGAGACAUCCACAACAUCAGCUGGGAGCACAGUGCAAUCUACUGUGGCUUCAAAUACAACCAAAAUAUCCUCUCACCCUACAACAACAACUGGACCUUCAUCAGCAAAAGGACAACAAUCAAGUACAGAAAGUGUUACUGGGACCAGAACAACUGGUGUGUCUUCUGUAGUUACAGAGAGAUCUACACAACCUCUUGCACAAUCAGCAACAUCUGGAUCAUCAUCUGAAGCACCAGAAACAACUAAGGUAUCAGUCACUGGCACAGAGUCGACUGCCCCAUCAACUGGAACUACCUUGACAAAGGCAACAUCAGUUGAAGCAACAACAACUAUGUUACCACCUAGAGAGGCAGUGACAUCUGGACAAACAGCUGGGCCCACACCAGCAACUAGUCCAUCAGUCUCAGUGUCUCAAAGUAUGAUGACAAGUAAUAAAUUGGCUGUGACAUCUGGCCAAACAACCGGUGUGACUGUAACUUCUAGGCAAUCACCUGAAGUGAAUGGAACAUCCACAACAUCUGCUGAGAGCACAGUGCUAUCUACUGUAGCUUCAAAUACAACCAAAAUAUCCUCUCACCCUACAACAACAACUGGACCUUCAUCAGCAAAAGGACAACUAACAAGUACAGAAAGUGUUACUGGGACCAGAACAACUGGUGUGUCUUCUGUAGUUACAGAGAGAUCUACACAAUCUCUUUCACAAUCAGCAACAGCUGGACCAUCAUCCCAAGGACCAGAAACAACUAAAGUAUCAGUCACUGGCACAGAGUCAACUGCCCCAUCAACUGGAACAACCUUAACAAAGGCAGCAUCAGUUGGAGAAACAACAACUACGUUACCACCUAGAGAGGCAGUGACAUCUGGACAAACAGCUGGGCCAACACCAGCAACUAGUCCAUCAGUCUCAGUCAUGAAUGGAACAUCCACAACAUCAGCUGGGAGCACAGUGCAAUCUGCUGUAGUUUCAAAUACAACCAAAAUACCCUCACAUCCUACAACACCAACUGGACCUUCAUCAGCAAAAGGACAACAAACAAGUACAGAAAGUGUUACUGGGACCAGAACAACUGGUGUGUCUUCUGUAGUUACAGAAAGAUCUACACAAUCUCUUGCACAAUCAGCAACAACUGGACCAUCAUCCCAAGGACCAGAAACAACUAAGGUAUCAGUCACUGGCACAGAGUCACCUGCCCCAUCAACUGGAACAACCUUAACAAAGGCAGCAUCAGUUGGAGAAACAACAACUACGUUACCACCUAGAGAGGCAGUGACAUCUGGACAAACAGCUGGGCCAACACCAGCAACUAAUCCAUCAGUCUCAGAGUCUAAAAGUAUGAUAACAAGUGAUAAAUUGGCUGUGACAUCGGGCCACACAACCAGUGUGACUGUACCUUCUAGUCAAUCACCUGAAGUGAGUGAGACAUCCACAACAUCAGCUGGGAGCACAGUGCAAUCUACUGUGGCUUCAAAUACAACCAAAAUAUCCUCUCACCCUACAACAACUGGACCUUCAUCAGGACAAGGACAACAAACAAGUACAGAAACUGUUACUGGACCCAGGACAACUGGUGUAUCCACAGGACGUACAGCGAGAUCUACACGACCUCUUGCACAAUCAGCAACAUCUGGAUCAUCAUCUGAGGCACCAGAAACAACUAAGGUAUCAGUCACUGGCACAGAGUCAUCUGCCCCAUCAACUGGAACUACCUUGACAAAGUCAAUAUUGGUUGGAGAAACAACAACUGCAUUACCACCUAGAGAGGCAGUGACAUCUGGACAAACAGCUGGGCCCACACCAGCAAUUAGUCCAUCAGUCUCAGUGUCUCAAAGUAUGAUGACAAGUGAUAAAUCGGCUGUGACAUCUGGCCAAACAACCAGUGUGACUGUAACUUCUAGGCAAUCACCUGAAGUGAAUGGAACAUCCACAACAUCUGCUGAGAGCACAGUGCUAUCUACUGUAGCUUCAAAUACAACCAAAAUAUCCUCUCACCCUACAACAACAACAACUGGACCUUCAUCAGCAAAAGGACAACAAACAAGUACAGAAAGUGUUACUGGGACCAGAACAACUGGUAUGUCUUCUGUAGUUACAGAAAGAUCUACACAAUCUCUUUCACAAUCAGCAACAGCUGGACCAUCAUCCCAAGGACCAGAAACAACUAAGGUAUCAGUCACUGGCACAGAGUCACCUGCCCCAUCAACUGGAACAACCUUAACAAAGGCAGCAUCAGUUGGAGAAACAACAACUACGUUACCACCUAGAGAGGCAGUGACAUCUGGACAAACAGCUGGGCCAACACCAGCAACUAGUCCAUCAGUUUCGGUGUCAGUCAGUACUGCGGCAAAGAGUCCUGUGACUGUGACAUCUGGCCACACAACUAGUGUGACUGUAACUUCUAGGGAAUCAUUUGAAGUGAGUGAGACAUCCACAACAUCAGCUGGGAGCACAGUGCAAUCUACUGUGGCUUCAAAUACAACCAAAAUAUCCUCUCACCCUACAACAACUGGACCUUCAUCAGGACAAGGACAACAAACAAGUACAGAAACUGUUACUGGGACCAGGAAAACUGGUGUAUCUACUGUAGUUCCAGAGAGAUCUACACAACCUCUUGCACAAUCAGCAACAUCUGGAUCUUCAUCUGAAGCACCAGAAACAACUAAGGUAUCAGUCACUGGCACAGAGUCGACUGCCCCAUCAACUGGAACUACCUUGACAAAGGCAACAUCAGUUGAAGCAACAACAACUAUGUUACCACCUAGAGAGGCAGUGACAUCUGGACAAACAGCUGGGCCCACACCAGCAACUAGUCCAUCAGUCUCAGUGUCUCAAAGUAUGAUGACAAGUAAUAAAUUGGCUGUGACAUCUGGCCAAACAACCGGUGUGACUGUAACUUCUAGGCAAUCACCUGAAGUGAAUGGAACAUCCACAACAUCUGCUGAGAGCACAGUGCUAUCUACUGUAGCUUCAAAUACAACCAAAAUAUCCUCUCACCCUACAACAACAACUGGACCUUCAUCAGCACAAGGACAACAAACAAGUACAGAAAGUGUUACUGGGACCAGAACAACUGGUGUGUCUUCUGUAGUUACAGAGAGAUCUACACAAUCUGUUUUACAAUCAGCAACAGCUGGACCAUCAUCCCAAGGACCAGAAACAACUAAGGUAUCAGUCACUGGAACAGAGUCGACUGCCCCAUCAACUGGAACAACCUUAACAAAGGCAGCAUCAGUUGGAGAAACAACAACUACGUUACCACCUAGAGAGGCAGUGACAUCUGGACAAACAGCUGGGCCAACACCAGCAACUAGUCCAUCAGUUUCGGUGUCAGUCAGUACUGUGGCAAAGAGUCCUGUGACUGUGACAUCUGGCCACACAACUAGUGUGACUGUAACUUCUAGGCAAUCACCUGCAGUGAAUGGGACAUCCACACCAUCAGCUGUGAGCACAGUGUUAUCUACUGUAGCUUCAAAUACAACCAAAAUACCCUCACAUCCUACUACAACAACUGGACCUUCAUCAGCAAAAGGACAACAAACAAGUACAGAAAGUGUUACUGGGACCAGAACAACUGGUGUGUCUUCUGUAGUUACAGAGAGAUCUACACAAUCUCUUUCACAAUCAGCAACAGCUGGACCAUCAUCCCAAGGACCAGAAACAACUAAGGUAUCAGUCACUGGAACAGAGUCAACUGCCCCAUCAACUGGAACAACCUUAACAAAGGCAGCAUCAGUUGGAGAAACAACAACUACGUUACCACCUAGAGAGGCAGUGACAUCUGGACAAACAGCUGGGCCAACACCAGCAACUAGUCCAUCAGUCUCAGUGUAUAAAAGUAUGAUGACAAGUGAUAAAUUGGCUGUGACAUCUGGCCACACAACCAGUGUGACUGUACCUUCUAGUCAAUCACCUGAAGUGAGUGAGACAUCCACAACAUCAGCUGGGAGCACAGUGCAAUCUGCUGUAGUUUCAAAUAAAACCAAAAUGUCCUCUCACCCUACAACAACUGGACCUUCAUCAGGACAAGGACAACAAACAAGUACAGAAACUGUUACUGGAACCAGGAUAACUGGUGUAUCCACUGUAGUUACAGAGAGAUCUACACAACCUCUUGCACAAUCAGCAACAGCUGGACCAUCAUCCCAAGGACCAGAAACAACUAAGGUAUCAGUCACUGGCACAGAGUCAUCUGCCCCAUCAACUGGAACUACCUUGACAAAGUCAAUAUCGGUUGGAGAAACAACAACUGCAUUACCACCUAGAGAGGCAGUGACAUCUGGACAAACAGCUGGGCCAACACCAGCAACUAGUCCAUCAGUCUCAGUGUCUCAAAGUAUGAUGACAAGUGAUAAAUUGGCUGUGACAUCUGGCCAAACAACCAGUGUGACUGUAACUUCUAGGCAAUCACCUGAAGUGAAUGGAACAUCCACAACAUCUGCUGAGAGCACAGUGCUAUCUACUGUAGCUUCAAAUACAACCAAAAUAUCCUCUCACCCUACAACAACAACUGGACCUUCAUCAGCACAAGGACACCAAACAAGUACAGAAAGUGUUCCUGGGAGCAGAACAACUGGUGUGUCUUCUGUAGUUACAGAGAGAUCUACACAAUCUCUUUCACAAUCAGCAACAGCUGGACCAUCAUCCCAAGGACCAGAAACAACUAAGGUAUCAGUCACUGGAACAGAGUCGACUGCCCCAUCAACUGGAACAACCUUAACAAAGGCAGCAUCAGUUGGAGAAACAACAACUACGUUACCACCUAGAGAGGCAGUGACAUCUGGACAAACAGCUGGGCCAACACCAGCAACUAGUCCAUCAGUUUCAGUGUCAGUCAGUACUGUGGCAAAGAGUCCUGUGACUGUGACAUCUGGCCACACAACUAGUGUGACUGUAACUUCUAGGCAAUCACCUGCAGUGAAUGGGACAUCCACAACAUCAGCUGGGAGUACGGUGCAAUCUACUGUAGUUUCAAAUACAACCAAAAUGUCCUCUCACCCUAUAACAACUGGACCUUCAUCAGGACAAGGACAACAAACAAGUACAGAAACUGUUACUGGAACAGGAACAACUAGUGUGUCUUCUGUAGUUACAGAAAGAUCUACACAAUCUCUUUCACAAUCAGCAAUAACUGGACCAUCAUCUGGUAUACUGCAAACCACUAAACUAUCAGUUACUGACUCAAGUGAAGCUGGCUUGUCAACUACAGUCACCUUGAGAAAUACAUCAUCAGUUGCAGAAUCAGCAACAACACUAUCCUCAGCUGAAGGACUAUUAACUACUAGGAUUACAGUCACUGGUUCAGGGACCACUGGUGUUUCCACUGCAGUUAUAGACACAACUGUGUCUUCUGGUGGACAGUCAUCUUCAACUGCAUUACCACGUGUGCCAUCAAAACAGCCUGAAGUAACAGAGGCCACAACUUCCACAAGAGGCAGUGAAACUACCCGUGGAGAAGUUCGAACAGAGGUUACAACUCCAACAGAGAAUAGUGAGACCCAGGGAACCAGAGCCACAGCAGGUCUCAAGAAACUAAAAGAAUUUAAAUUUACCUCCUCAGGAGUCCCCACAGAAGCACCAGGCAGCCAAAGCACAGGAGGAAGAACAGAAACCACUACAAGCACAACAAAGGGUCAAGACACUGAAAAGGAAACAGUGUGUCCAGGCACGUCUCCACCAGCCCCAGUGUGUCAUGGUCCACUGGGAGAAGAGAAAUCUCCUGGAGACACAUGGAUAUCUAACUGCCACCAGUGUACCUGUACUGACACGCAGGCUGUGGACUGCAAACCUAAAGAGUGUCCUUCUCCACCCACCUGCCAAACUGGAGAGAAGCUUAUGAUAUUCAAAUCGAAUGACUCUUGCUGUGACAUCGGCCACUGUGAACCAAAAACCUGUUUAUUUAACAAUAAGGAUUAUGAGAUUGGUGCAUCCUUUGCUGAUCCUAGCAACCCAUGUGUCUCCUAUACCUGCAACAGCACUGGUUUGGUUGCCGUGGUUCAGGACUGCCCAAAACAAACAUGGUGUGCAGAAGGAGAGAGGACCUAUGAUUCAACGAAAUGUUGCUAUACAUGUAAGAGUGACUGCAGAACUUCUCCUGUGAAUGUGACCAUUAGGUAUAACGGUUGUAGGAAGAAAGUGGAGAUGGCAAGAUGUAUAGGAGAAUGCAAAAGGACUCUCAAGUAUAAUUAUGAGACCUACCAAUUGGAGAAUUCAUGUGUUUGCUGCCGUGAAGAAAACUAUGAGUACAGGGACAUUACACUCGAUUGCUCAGGUGGCAGGACCAUCCCAUACAGAUAUAGGCACACUACAACCUGCUCUUGUCUGAACCAGUGUGAACAGUCUACAGCCAGUUAA